AUGCGACAGAAUUCUGAGCGCAAUCAACUUCAAUCCUAUAAAGCCGCUGCCUCAAGCCUCGUAGAGUACAACAAUUUGGGAAUGUUUGACAUUGCAUGUGUUCAUUGUGGUGCUGUUCAUUUUUUAAAAGAGAGAGUGCAGAACAGAAUUCACCCUAAUUCUUUUGGUGACUGUUGCCUUCAUGGUCGCAUUGAACAACCUGCGCCAGAGUUUCCCAAUGAAUUGGCAUUGCUGUACACUAAACAACACAGACUAGCCAAACAGUUCCACGAUAAAAUUCGAAAUAUUUCUGCCUGUUUUGCUUUUUCUUCAUUCAAUGUUGCUGAUGACAGGACUUUCAAUAGUAAAGGUAUUUAUACAUUUACUGCUGGUGGACAAGUGUAUCACAAGUUAAAUUUGGCGGCUCAGCCAGUCAGCAACAGUGAGGGUGAUUUGGAAAGACCUAGAUAUGGCCAAAUGUACUUCAUUGAUCCGGAAACAGCCGUUGCAGAACGUAUGAAUGAACCAAUGAAUCAAGGCAUCAAUCAAGAACUCAUACAGAUUUUAGAGGAGAUAAUGAGAAGUCAAAACCCAUUUUCACAGGCUUUUACGAUGAUGAGGGAGAUAGUUGAGGAAAACAAUCAGCGUGCUGAAGCUCUUGGUGUCCAACCACCCCACGUCCACCUCCUGUUUGCUGAACGUGCAGGCGAUGAUCCCAGGCGAUUCAACUCACCAACUUAUAAUGAAGUUGCUGCUGUAAUUACAUUAAAUGCAGACCAAAGUAUUCCGGAAAAUGAGAUGGUUAUUAAGGAGCGAGGAAAACAGUUAAUAACGCUCAAGAACAUUGACAGCCGAGUAGAACCAUUCACCUACCCUCUCCUCUACCCAAAAGGAACUUUUGGGUUUACUGUAGGGCUUCCUCUUAAAACGCCUUAUGCAAGCCGUGCACACAUGACGAGGAUGGAGUUGGCUCAAUACAGGUUAGCCUUUCGUCCAGAACAAGCCAAGGCUCUUCCUCCUGAACCAUUGCUAGAGGAUUAG